ACUUCUGUCACAUUUUUUGACGGAAAAUGCGGAUAUUUUCAUUCAAUUAUACGUUGAUAGGCAUCCGCAAUAUCCAAAUAUUCCACUCGCAUUUGAGUAGUGCGAGUAAUUUUUCUGUGUGUAAGAAAAUCCUUUUUGUCGAAGAAUUUUUUAAUGGGCAAGAGCGCAUGAAAGUAAACAAGGAAAAGUGCAGUGAAAAAAUACCUGAAAAAAUGGAAAUAAGAGAAGGAUCUGCCUCAAUUGUGAGUGAAGGACAUGUCUUCUACAAUCCUGUCCAGGAAUUCAACAGGGAUUUAAGUGUUUUGGUGCUUUCAACCUUCUCCCGGCUCUUCUGGGAAGAAUCUGUGGCCAGGAGUGGGGAUGAGGAUGAAUUUGCAGGUGUGGCUGGUACAAAAUGUGACAAAGGGAUGAGAAUUUUGGAAGCUUUAGCUGCUACGGGAUUACGAAGUAUUCGCUAUGCGAAGGAAGUUCCCGGAAUCCGGGAGAUUAUUGCCAACGAUCUCUCCCGGAAAGCUGUUCAGGAUAUCCGGGAGAAUGUGGAGAGGAAUGGUGUGAAGGAGUUGGUGACGCCGCACGAGGAGGAUGCUCUGAUGGUGAUGUACACGAAUAUGAGACCACAGAAGAGAUUCACGGUGAUUGAUUUAGAUCCAUACGGAUGUCCAACACGCUUCCUGGAUGCUGCUGUACAGAGUGUGAUGGACGGGGGGAUGCUUCUUGUGACAGCCACGGAUAUGGCAGUGCUGGCGGGGAAUUCUCCUGAAUCGUGCUACGUGAAAUACGGAGCAAUCUCCCUCAAGUCCCGAGCAUGCCACGAAAUGGCCAUCAGGAUCCUCCUGAAGAGCAUUGAGAGCCAUGCCACGCAGUAUGGGAGAUUCAUUAAGCCAAUGCUAAGUAUCUCUGCGGAUUUCUACAUUCGUGUCUUUGUGCGCAUCUUCACGAGUCCUGUGCAGUGCAAGAAGAGCACCAGUAAGCAAUCCCACGUCUUUCAGUGUACUGGAUGUGAAUCUUUCACGCUGCAGCCUCUUGGUGUCCUCAAACCCAAUCCCACGGAGAAGAAUCCCACUCAGGUGAAGUAUGCGCUCCCCACUGGGCCUUCAGUGGACUCUACGUGCACCCACUGUGGCUUUAGGCAUCAUCUUGGGGGCCCCAUUUGGUCAGAUCCCAUUCAUGAUGCGGCCUUUGUUGAUAAACUCCUGGACAAUCUUCAGGAGGCACCCUACAGCAACCUUGGAACGAGUAGGAGACUCCUGGGACAACUUACAGUCAUCCAGGAGGAGCUUCCGGAUGUCCCAUUGUACUAUUCCGUUGAUAAACUCUGCUCAACCAUCCGCGUUGUCACGAUGCCUGUGCUGAAAUUCCGUUCUGCUCUUCUUCAUGCAGGAUACCGCGUAUCCUAUUCCCAUGCCCACAAGAAUUCUCUCAAAACUGACGCCCCAAAUCGCGUUCUGUGGGACAUUCUAAGGUGCUGGGCUGAGAAGAAUCCCAUUAAUCCGGAAAGGCUCCAAGAGGGAACACCCGUAAAGGCAAUUCUAGCGGAGAAAUCCCAAAAUUCUUACGAAUUUGACAUUGUUCACCCUCAGGCAAAUCCCGAAAGUCGCCGGAACUGCUUAUCGCGCUUCCCGGAGAAUCCAACUGCAAACUGGGGUCCCGGAACGAGGGCAACGCUCAUGAUUGGCGGCACAACGAUGACGAAAAGUGUGAGGAAUCAAAAUAAAACAAAGAGACGAAGAGAGGAUGACAAGGAUCCGGUGCAGGAUCUGAAAGUGUUGAAAAAUUCAUAGCCUAGAACGGCUGGUGAAAAAUCAAUAAAGAUGUUUAACAUUUUUUCUUCCCGGAA